AGUCUCCUCAUCUUUCCCCAGCAGACGAAUCCGAGCCGCUGUUUUCACUCAGCGACGAUAUAAUGUCGGAUUUCGAGGAGUUUGAGAAGCAGCUGAGCGAGAAUCGACAAGAGAGAGAAAGAGAGAGGCACAAAAAGAGGAGUCGCAGCGGAUCUCCUGGCCGAGGCGACAAGCAUCGCAGCUGGAGCAAAGACCGAGGGAGUCGCAGCCGAGAGAAGAGAAGCCGGAGUCGAGACAGAAAGAGCCGAGACCGCCGGAGCUCCUCGCGGGACCACAAGAAGCACAGCCACUCUCCGAGGCGAACAAGAAAGAAAAGGACCUGCAAGUACUGGGAUGUGCCUCCUCCUGGCUUUGAACACAUCACACCAAUGCAAUACAAAGCUAUGCAAGCGGCCGGUCAGAUACCAACAAUAGCUCUGCUGGCAACGUCCACCACCACCGGAGUGGCUGCAGCACCGACACAAGUGCCCAUCGUCGGCAGUCAGAUGACAAGACAAGCAAGGCGCCUCUACGUUGGAAACAUCCCCUUUGGAGUAACUGAGGAGUCCAUGGCGGAGUUCUUCAACGCUCAGAUGCGUCUCGCGGGCCUCUCGCAAGCCCCGAGCAACCCCGUCCUCGCUGUGCAGAUUAAUCAGGAUAAGAACUUUGCUUUCCUAGAGUUUCGAUCUGUAGAUGAGACGACGCAGGCCAUGGCCUUCGAUGGAAUCAUUUUCCAGGGUCAGUCGCUGAAGAUCAGACGACCUCACGACUAUCGGCCUUUACCCGGCAUCUCAGAGCAGCCUGCUUUCCACGUCCCAGGUGUCGUCUCCACCGUCGUUCCCGAUUCCCCCCAUAAACUGUUUAUAGGAGGCCUGCCCAACUACCUUAAUGACGACCAGGUUAAGGAGCUCCUGACGUCGUUCGGGCCGCUCAAAGCGUUCAAUCUAGUGAAGGACAGUGCCACGUCACUGUCGAAAGGUUACGCCUUUUGUGAAUACGUGGACGUCAGCGCCACUGAUCAGGCAGUAGCUGGGCUCAAUGGGAUGCAACUGGGCGACAAAAAGCUGAUCGUUCAGAGGGCAAGUGUGGGAGCCAAAAAUGCCAAUCCUACCUCCAUCAUAGAGACCCCGGUGACGCUACAGGUGCCUGGGCUGCAGAGGCUGCAGAACUCUGGCAUGCCCACGGAGGUGCUGUGCCUUCUCAACAUGGUGAUGCCGGAGGAGCUGGUGGACGACGAGGACUAUGAGGAAAUUCUGGAGGACAUCCGCGAGGAGUGCUGCAAGUAUGGCAGCGUCCGCUCCAUCGAGAUCCCCCGGCCCGUCGAUGGCGUGGAAGUCCCCGGCUGCGGAAAGAUCUUCGUGGAGUAUGUUUCUGCUGCAGACUGUCAGAAAGCCAUGCAAGCCCUCACCGGCCGCAAGUUUGCCAACAGAGUGGUGGUCACCAAAUACUACGAUCCAGACAUGUAUCACAGACACGAGUUUUGAGAAGCACAGACGAGUCCCUCCUCCUUUCUGUUUGUCAGCUGGGGUUUCGCUCUGUUUCUUUCCUCCUCUGAAUGUUGUGAACGUGUCCUUUAGAGACUAGACCUGGAAAAAGUUUUAUUCCAUCAUCCUUUUCACAAAACUGGACUGCAGUGUGUGUCUCUUCAGUGCUGAAUAACUCCCAGCUUUCGCCUAAUAUACAAACAGUGAACUGAACAAAAAAGAAAAAAACAAAUACUGUAGUAUACAUUACAUUUGCAGUAGAAUGAAUGUGACAUGUAUCUUACCUAAACUAAUACUGCCUGACAAUGCCAGAGUAGCUGUCUAUCGAGAAUGCACUAUAUGAGAAAAAACUACAGUCAAAUGUUUAGAUUUUCUUCCUGAGCACAAACAUUUAUUUCUGUUUUAGAUUUGAAAAGCCAUCUGUAUGUUUAUUGUGUGGCUAUGAGAGGAGAGAGAAAAAAAAAAGGUUGUAUUUAUUUAUUUAUUUUUCCAAAGUAAUAUUUCCUGCUAUACGCGUCACAUAAUAAUGUUCUUUAAACAUAUACAAUGCUAUUUACCUAUACUGCUUACACGGACUAAAUGUUGACUUGUUUUUUUCAAAAUGAGAGGAAACAUUUGUCAGUAUAGCCUCAAAGGUGAUUUUGUAAAUAUAAAAUAUCAGUGUCUAAAGAAAAGAGAUCUAUGUGAUUGGAAAGAUGCGCUAGAAGCUGUUUGAAUUAAAAAAUACGAAUGUGAAUAAAAACUGAAAUGUCUGGGUUGAAAAUAUUUGAUCAAUCAAACAAUAGGACCUUUGACCGUUUAUUAAGCCCCUCUCCUAAGCAGUGUUUGACCAAUCAUUGGUUAGCAACCAUUUUCCUAACAGCCUUUAACCAAUAGCAGUCACUCCGGUGUGAUUAACCAAUCGUAGCUUGGCGGCCAUGACAAGGCGCGGGUAGAACGUAUCGGUAUUCUCGUAAGCUGCUUGUGUUAGCAUGUCCGGCUAACUAGCUUAGUACCUACAGUAGUGACCAAGCGCUAUUUCCGAGGCUAAGAAGUACUUAAUUGGUGCUAACUUCAUUAGCUUGUGCGGUUACAGGCAAUGAAAACUCUUUAGUCACUCCUGGCUGUGUAGUAUUAAUUUACCGUACAGAAGCUGGCCAUGGAUGCUAUCGAAGUUUAAGCUAAUGUUAGCCGUGCUGCUAUUGGAUUUUGGGGAUGUUUACACUUCCUGUCUUGAAUUUAUUGUUAUCUCAUUUUGUCAGUAUUUCCCCAUUGGAUUCAACAGUAAAUCCAAGAAAUAUCAAUAAUUAAUCAUUACCAGUACCCUGGACCUGGAUGAGUAGCAAAAAAAUCAAUGACAAAUGUGUUAAAAACUGUGCAAUAUGGACUUUACAUUCAGUCAGAGGUCUGGGCCAGUGGCUUUAGAGAUCUUCCAGCCAGUUUUGUGUUCAACUCGGAUACAAAAGCAGUUUUUUUACAACAAAUAUUACUCCCUUCAGAGGGUAAUAAUGGCUGUUUAGGACACUGUGCAACUCGUAAAUUGCAGUCUCUGCAAGUUAGGAUGUGUGUUAGCCUAUAUUUCAGACCCAACUGUUGUGUCAAUAGUUUUCUAAUGUGGUCGUCACAUUUCUGAUGGUGUUUCAUGUGAUAAUGCUCCAUCGUGUUUUACAACUAUUAUCGACUGAUUAUUAAACUGAAGCUUGACUUUUAAAAACGGUAUCGCAAAUCAUAUUGCCUAUCUGUCCAAAAAAUUGCAAUUAGAGGUUUAUUAAAAUAGUCAUUCUGAUGCAUUUAAAAAAAAAAAAAAACAGCACACGUAGCAUUAGCUGACAAAUCUAACACAACUGUUUCUUCAGCUGGUGAACUCACCAACCAGAAAUCAGAAGGUACUUUUGUCCCUUGCUGUCUUUAAUCAACUUUACUUCACAAAGUACUUUGAAUCCUGAAUCUGCAGCCAUAAUAGCAAAGUUACCUCAGUGGUUGGGGCUUAAUAACUGGUCAGUUGUGUCCAUCUAACUAGCAGUGCUCUGUAACCUGUGAUCAAAGUCUGAAUAACGAAACCAAACCUGUCUUCAGGGUCUCACCUAAACAAUAAUGCGGAUAUGCACAUGUUGAGAGAAGCACCUUUAAGUUUUGUAGAUAGCAUAUGGAUGAAUUCAUUUUUAAAGCUUUAUUCUUUGUGUGCCAUUUUGCGUCUGUUGAAGAAAAUGUCUGAUGUUGAAGCAUUAAUUUAUUACAAAAUAUCUUGAAUCUGCUUAGAAAGUGCAGGCACAAAUAUGGUAUUUGAACUAAUAUAUCUGGAAUUGGAAUGAAAGCCUAGUUUGCACAUAUAGUGAACUAUCUGUUCUGUUUCAAAGGAAGCAAAUUGUAUUUUGGUGUAAUAAGCAGAACAUAUCACCCUGUGACAAACAACUACUGUAUUUUAUACAUUUUUGGAUGGCCAAAAAUUUCAAAACAUUUUUAGUUUGUAUAAUCCCUGCCACUGCCAUUGCCUUGAAUAAAUGCUUGCAUCACU